AUGCGCCUGCCCUGGGACCGCCCCGGGACCCGCAGCCCCAUGGGGGGCCCGGCACCGCAGCGCAGCGUCCCAGGAGCCGCGGCCACCGCGCUCCUGCUCCUCCCGUUAGUUCUGCACUGUGAAUCCUCUGUGAGCCUGCCCUUGUCUGUUCUGCUGGAAAGGUAUUGUGAAGAGUUGUCACCUUUCUACAAUGUCACAGGUCCAUAUUGCAAUGCCACCACCGAUCAGAUAGGGACCUGCUGGCCCCGGGCCACUGCUGGGGAACUGGUGGAGAGACCCUGCCCGGAGUUUUUCAACGGGAUCAAGUACAACACCACCCGAAACGCCUACAGAGAAUGCCUGGGAAAUGGGACAUGGACUUCCAAGAUCAACUACUCUCAGUGCGAACCUAUUCUGGACGACAAGAGGAAGUAUGCACUCCAUUACAAGAUUGCUCUCAUCAUAAACUACCUGGGGCACUGUAUAUCUAUAGGAGCGCUUAUUGUUGCCUUUAUGCUUUUCUUGUGCUUGAGGAGCAUCAGAUGCCUGCGAAAUAUUAUCCACUGGAACCUGAUCACCACGUUCAUUCUGCGGAAUGUGAUGUGGUUCCUGCUUCAGAUGGUUGAUCAUAACAUACAUGAAAGCAAUGAGCCCUGGUGUCGGUGUAUUACAACGAUCUACAAUUAUUUUGUGGUGACCAACUUCUUCUGGAUGUUUGUGGAAGGCUGCUAUUUGCACACUGCGAUAGUGAUGACUUACUCCACAGAUAAGCUGAGGAAAUGGGUCUUCCUCUUCAUAGGAUGGUGUAUUCCUUGUCCGAUCAUUGUUGCCUGGGCCAUUGGCAAGCUCUAUUAUGAAAAUGAACAAUGCUGGUUUGGAAAGGAACCAGGGAAGUACAUAGACUACAUAUAUCAAGGCCCAGUGAUUCUCGUUCUUCUGAUAAAUUUUGUAUUUCUAUUUAACAUCGUUAGGAUUUUAAUGACAAAACUGAGAGCUUCAACCACUUCAGAAACAAUACAAUACAGGAAGGCAGUAAAGGCUACGUUAGUCCUUCUGCCUCUUCUGGGUAUUACCUACAUGCUUUUCUUUGUCAACCCCGGCGAAGACGACAUUUCCCAGAUAGUCUUCAUCUACUUCAAUUCCUUCUUGCAGUCUUUUCAGGGUUUCUUUGUGUCAGUAUUUUACUGCUUCUUGAAUGGCGAGGUCCGCUCGGCCGCGAGAAAACGCUGGCAUCGCUGGCAGGACCACCACGCCCUGCGCGUGCGCGUGGCCCGGGCUAUGUCGAUCCCCACCUCCCCGACAAGAAUCAGCUUCCACAGCAUCAAACAGACGGCGGCAGUUUGA